CUUAGGGGCCCAGAGGAGGGGGCGUGAAUUGGGAGUUCCGGCCCAGGAGAGCAGACAAGGGAAGCGGUACCUGAUGGGGAGCCUAGGGGGGAAGCCGGGAGUCCACUCCGAGCCUGUAAUUAUGAGGACGGAACCGGAACCGGGCCCUUGGACUCUUCCCUUUUCCAAAGAAGAGCACAAAAGAGAAGGCUCAUCUGCAAACAUCAAAGCCAUGCUUCAGGGAUCAGUUUCCUUCAAGGAUGUGACUGUGGACUUCACCCAGGAGGAGUGGCAGCAACUGGGCCCUGCUCAGAAGGCGCUCUACAGAGAUGUCAUGUUGGAAAACUAUUGUCACCUCAUCUCUGUGGGAUUUCACAUGACUAAGCCUGAUAUGAUCCGCAAAUUGGAACAAGGAAAAGAACUAUGGACAACAGAGAAAUUUUUUCAAAGUCAGAGUUACCUAGAAGAAGAUUGGAAAGCUGAAGAUGUUUUAGUGAAAUUCAAAGAAUACCAAGACAGGCAUUCUAGGUCAGUUAUAUCCAUCAACCACAAAAGACUAAUAAAAGAGAGAAGUAACAUUUGGGGGAAAACAUUUACUAUCGACAAGAACCAUAUUAUUUCCAAAACAACACUACGUGAAUAUAAACCUGAUGGAAAAAUUUUAAAAAAUAUUUCAGAAUUAGUCAUUAGAAAUAUAAGUCCUGUAAGAGAGAAGUUUGGUGAGAGUAAUGGAUGGGAGAAAUCACUCCUUAACACUAAACAUGAGAAAAUUCAUGCAACAGUGAAUCUCUGUAAACAAACAGAAAGGAGUCUGAGUGGUAAACAAGAGCUUUUUCAACAUCGGAAGGUUCAAACUCCACAGCAAUCAUUUGAACAUAAUGAAUGUGAAAAACCCUUCCUUAUGAAAGGAAUGUUAUUUACGCAUACCAGAGCUCACAGAGGAGAAAAACCCUGUGAAUACAAUAAAGAUGGCACAGCCUUCAUUGAAAAGUCAAAUCUCAAUGUCUACCAACAAAAUAUUAUGGAGAAGAAGCCCCACUCAUACAGCAAAUAUGGGAAAUUCCUCUGUAGGAAGUCCAUUUUUAUCAUGCAUCAGAGAUCUCAAACAGAAGAGAAACCCUUUCAUUGUCCUUACUGUGGGAAUAACUUUAGAAGGAAGUCGUACCUCAUUGAACAUCAACGAAUUCACACAGGUGAGAAACCUUAUGUUUGCAGUCAAUGUGGAAAAGCCUUCCGUCAAAAGACAGCCCUCACUCUUCAUGAGAAAACACACUUAGAGGGGAAACCCUACAUUUGUAUGGAUUGUGGGAAGUCCUUCCGCCAAAAGGCAACUCUUACUAGACAUCACAAAACACAUACAGGAGAGAAGGCCUAUGAAUGUACUCAGUGUGGAAGUGCUUUUAGAAAGAAGUCAUACCUCAUUGAUCAUCAGAGAACACACACAGGGGAGAAACCAUAUCAAUGUAAUGAAUGUGGGAAGGCAUUUAUCCAGAAGACAACCCUCACUGUACAUCAGAGGACUCACACAGGAGAGAAACCCUAUAUUUGCAAUGAAUGUGGGAAGUCCUUCUGCCAAAAGACAACUCUCACUCUCCAUCAAAGAAUUCACACAGGGGAGAAACCCUAUAUUUGUAAUGAAUGUGGGAAGUCCUUCCGCCAGAAGGCAAUCCUCACUGUUCAUCAGAGAAUACAUACAGGAGAGAAAUCCAAUGGAUGUCCUCAAUGUGGGAAAGCCUUUAGUAGGAAAUCUAACCUCAUUCGCCACCAGAAAACUCACACGGGAGAGAAACCAUAUGAAUGUAAAGAAUGUGGGAAGUUCUUCAGUUGUAAGUCAAACCUCAUUGUCCAUCAGAAAACUCACAAGAUAGAAACUCCUCAUACAUGCACUGAAUGUGGGAAGUCCUUUUGCAGGAAAUCAGUAUUGAUUCUGCAUCAGGGAAUUCACACAGAAGAAAAACCCUAUCAAUGUCAUCAGUGUGGAAAUUCAUUUAGGAGGAAAUCCUAUCUCAUUGAUCAUCAGAGAACUCACACAGGAGAGAAACCCUUUGUUUGUAAUGAAUGUGGUAAGUCUUUCCGCCUAAAGACAGCCCUCACUGAUCAUCAGCGAACACAUACAGGGGAGAAAUCAUAUGAAUGUCCACAAUGUAGGAAUGCCUUUAGAUUGAAAUCACACCUCAUUCGUCAUCAGAGAACUCACACAGGAGAGAAACCAUAUGAGUGUAGUGACUGUGGAAAGUCUUUCCGCCAGAAGACAACACUCUCCCUACAUCAGAGAAUUCAUACAGGAGAAAAACCCUAUAUUUGUAAAGAAUGUGGAAAGUCCUUUCAUCAGAAGGCAAACCUUACUGUACAUCAAAGAACUCAUACAGGGGAAAAACCCUAUAUUUGUAAUGAAUGUGGAAAAUCCUUCUCCCAGAAGACAACCCUUGCUCUUCAUGAGAAGACUCAUAAUGAAGAGAAACCUUAUAUUUGUAAUGAAUGUGGAAAAUCCUUCCGCCAGAAGACAACCCUCGUGGCACAUCAGAGAACACAUACAGGGGAAAAAUCCUAUGAAUGUCCUCACUGUGGGAAGGCUUUUAGAAUGAAGUCAUACCUCAUUGAUCAUCACAGAACUCACACAGGAGAGAAACCAUAUGAAUGUAAUGAAUGUGGAAAAUCCUUCAGUCAGAAGACAAAUCUCAAUUUACAUCAGAGAAUCCAUACAGGAGAGAAACCUUAUAUUUGUAAUGAAUGUGGAAAGUCUUUUCGCCAGAAAGCAACCCUCACUGUACAUCAGAAAAUACAUACAGGGCAGAAAUCCUAUGAAUGCCCUCAGUGUGGGAAAGCCUUUAGCAGGAAAUCAUAUCUCAUUCAUCAUCAAAGAACUCAUACAGGAGAGAAACCAUACAAGUGUAAUGAAUGUGGGAAGUGCUUCCGCCAGAAGACAAAUCUCAUUGUACAUCAGAGAACUCACACAGGGGAGAAACCUUAUAUUUGUAAUGAAUGUGGUAAGUCCUUCAGUUAUAAGAGAAAUCUUAUUGUCCAUCAGAGAACUCACAAGGGAGAAAACAUGGAAAUGCAGUAACAAAGGAUGUGAUUUCUUUGUGAAGCCUUUCUAAGUUAUUGUAGAACUUUGUUUUUUUAAAGCAUGCUUAAACAUAUAUAUGAGGUAAUUUUAAUCACAAAUGUAAUAAUAAUUAUUAAUUUAAUGUACUGUACCACAUAAAUAUUUAUCUAUGUUUACUAGCAUAUGAAAUGGGUGUGAUCAUUGAUAUUGAACUUUUUAUCAGCAAUGAAGCUAAUUUUCUAAGUUUUUGAGUUCUGACUCAGUUUAUUUUUUUAAGUGCUUAUAUAGUACAUGCAGAGGCAAGAUACAAAAUGGUUAUAAGCAUCACCCUCCAUAAGAGGAAGAAAAUAUGAAAUAAACUUCUUAUUGCACUCUUCAGAAUAAAAUGUAGUUGUUACUACCCCCAAAGUUGACCACUUCCCGGUUUUUAACAUGAAAUAGUUUUCUUACUUAUUCAAACUAUAUAUGUAUUUUGUUAUUCAUUAGAAAUUCUUUUGUGUUGUUUCACUCAACGUUUUAAAGAUUCAUACAUUAUUGCAUGUGGCAGUAGUGUAUUCAUUUACAUUCUGUAUACUAUUCCAUUUUAAGAAUAUACUGCUAUUUAUCAAGCCUCUUGAUGGGUAUUUGUAUUUUUUUUACAAUUUUGUGUUGUAAUAAAAACGUGGCUGUAAA